AUGCCACCGACCACUGUCACCUACGGGAAGAAGGGCCUGUUAAGGUCUCUGGGGUCACGUCGCCGCCAAAGGUACCUGGCGGAGCCGGUCAACACACCUCGACGAACAUCACGGAAGAGAACCAUCGGAGAACCACAAAGUAUUGAAGAGAUGGCAAGUCGACUGCUGGAUGAUUCGACCCUGCCCCUACAAGCCCGCGGCGAAGAUUCAUCCCCAAACAAACGUCGGGCUACUACCCCAAGCGUCUCAUUCCCCGUUGGAAGCGAACCUGCUAUAUCGCCACUUGAACUACCAUCCCCGCUUGAGCAGCCACCACCCCCUGCCGAGUCGCAUACCAGACAGUUGCGGGUUGGCAAAAAUUCGCCAAAGAGACUCAGAGACACUCCAAGACGGGCUGCCACUGCUCGAACUCCCAGAGAUGCACUCCAGAAGCGAAAGGAAAGGAGCUUGCAGAGAUCUCUCGGCCCUACCAGGACGCUAUCCCUUGACCCCUUCAAGUUCCAUCCAACAGACAACCUGAAGGCCCCAGCAUCUACACCGCUGUCUACUGUUGACGGUAAUGUCCGACGUCGUUUGACGAAAGAUCAGAAAAACGAAGUCGUUCCUGAGGGGUUUGCGGAGCCUAACAGCCCUGAGGAUAUCAACCAGAAACUCCACGCUAUGCUAGCCGCCACUAAUGCCUUGAAGCCCUCACCCCCCCGGCGGACUAAUAGUUCAGCCUCCAAGCUCACUCGAAUGGUCCCAGCAAAGGUCUUUGCCAAGGUUUCGAAUGCAUGGGAUCGCCUUCAUGCGAAAUCGUCACCCCAAGAAACAGGGACCCCGGGGAAAGUGUCACAUAGCGGACAAGACAACGACAAGUCGGACAGGCUGGAGAGUGGACUUAUAUCAUCGCCCAGCAACAUGUCUCCAAUUAGUACGAUUGAGAUCCGCUUGAAUGAAGGGGACAAUCUCAACAAGAGAAAGGUCCAGCGGAUUGUCGGUGGCCAGGUCUCUCGAAAGCCUGUUGCAGAUGACGGCAAAUCACUAAGGAGCGGAAAGUCCUUGGACGAUCCAUUUUCUGAGGGUGGUGGAUGGCGGACUCCGACAAGCUUUGAAAGUCGGCUGAAGAAGGGUGCGGACAACGACCAGAGUGCCAUCCCUCCUCUGCCACGUAAUCCCUUUGAGUCCGAGAAGGAAUUCGACGACAACAUUAAGGAUAGAAUCUUGAAAAGUACACCGGUUGGAUCGUCGACGCCUCGAAUUCGAGUCGAGCGAAUCUCGGCAUCAAGCUCCGACCAAAGUCCCGCGUUGCAAGCUCCCAAGCUCAUACAAAAGCAGACCAGUUUGCGACCGGCUGGCACAACACUGGUUGAAUCGGUGAAUGAGGCUCGAAAGGGCUGGGAGAAGGCGAUGGGAACGGAUGCUUUCGGGUCUAAGAGGGUGAAGAAACAUCCAUCUCCCAGCAAAGAAGCAUUGGAAAGUUUGGAGAUGGCAUUCCGAAAGUAUACGGACCUAAAGGUUUCUGGAGCCAGUAUCGAUGACCUGGACGAACUUGCCACUAGUUUCAUGUCUACGAGUCCUUCUCUGAAGCCCUACGAAAAGAAGAGACGAAGUUGGCGCCGUCUGUCGAUCUCCAACAUCGACGAUGUGGCAGGGCUACCACUUGGGAAGACACAUCGCCGUAGAGGGUCUUCGCCGUCGAUGAUGCCGCUGACACGAGCUCAAUUGGCAUCGGAGAAUCCACUCAAGUUGCACCGAGAUAUUCGAUUGGCACCGCCUUAUCGCCCACCAGGAGGCUUUUCCCCUCAUGACGUGGACGAGUUGCAGUGA